AUGGGAACCGUCACCUACCGAGAUGGCAUUGCAAUCCUCCAGCUCAUCAUAUUCCCCUUGAUUCUCGUCGCCGCCUUGUUCAUCUGGAACCGCACCGGAUGGAGAGCUGGCAGCAAGAUCUGGCGAUACGGGGUCACCCUCUCUCUGAUUCGUAUCGCUGGCAGUAUCUCCUCAUUGGUGACAAUUGACCACGAUUCACACGAUGCAGAGGUCGCCGUGGCCGUAUGCGAGCUGAUCGGUCUCGCACCACUGUUGCUAACCUACGUUGGCGUCCUAAGACAGAUCGAUACGGACCAGCGACUACCUCCAAGGUUCCUCAACAUCGUAACGAUCGUCUGUUUUGUUGGCCUAAUCCUCGGUAUCGCGGGAGUAAGCACUGCAGACGACAGCGAUGACGGAACCUAUCACCCGGGCACCAUGGUUAAAGUCUCCAUGGCCCUCUUUAUCGCUACCUUUGUCGUCUUCGCCUUGAUGGCCGGUUGGCUCUGGCUUCAGCUCCAGUACUCACUCGGCGCAUUUCAAAAGAAGCUCUUCCUCGCCGUUGCGCUUUCUUGCCCUUUCCUCGUUGUACGGCUAGUCUACUCAGCGAUUAGCGAUUAUGCCGACAAUUCUUCAUUCACGGUCCUGACGGGAAACCCAACGAUUUAUCUGUGUAUGAGCGUACUGGAGGAGAUUGUUGCCAUGGCUCUUACGAUGGCCCUGGGGAUGUCGGCUGUUCUUGAGAAGGACUUUGUACGCUAUAAUCCGGUCAAGACUCAGGCGGGCCAUGAUGCUAGGGAGGUAUGA